AUGUCUCAGGCUUCUGAUAUUGGAAAAGAUCUAGGUCUUCUGGAUUCCCCCCCUACCAUGGCACACUGGCCAGACCUACUUCCCCUAUGGAGGUUUAAGAUCCCGCUUCUCCUUAUUCACUAUGGUCUUGGACCAUCCAAAAAAUUGCAACCAAACUACGUAGCCAUGGCAUACCUUUCUCAGCUAUGGCCAGGAAUACCUUUAGCAGUAGCUGUGGCAUACCUUUAUCAGCUACGGUCAGCUCAGCCAGGCACCCCGGGACCAAGUUCCUGCACUCAAGGGAACAUAUCUGAGAACUUGGCAGAAAUGCAUACCAUGAUAUCGUCUCUCUUGACCACACACUCGGUCAUCCAGAAACUUGAGAAUUUGGAAGCCCCAGCAGCUGGUAUCCCUUCCACCACCGUUGUCACCCCUGAGUUGCUUGCUUCCCAUCCAGGCUUUCAGGGUAAUGUUACUUUAUCCAAUCUAAUUUAACCUACGCUGCUACCACCACUCACAUCAUCACCCCCUCACACCUGGUGCCCCUUACCCUUUGUAAAGACAUUCUGGAUGGAAAAGAUGUUAACCUUGUGUCUUUGCUCAAUGCAUCUCAGAACCUUGUUGAGAACAAAGCAUUCUGCUAUGGUGACAUUUCAGUUGCUCUCAAAGCCAGAGAUCCAUGGUUAAACAAAAAACAUCCAUCCCAGAAUUAGCAUUUGAACUGUAUAGGGAUGUAAUUUGUUUACAACACCCUCACCUUGGAGAAGAGAUGGAUCUUUACUUGCACAAAUUGCUAGGAUUGGGGCAUAAAUAUGGUGGUCACGUAUUCUAUGACUAUCAUAGAUCUUUCUCUGCUAAACUUUUCUGCUGUCACUUUACAGGGCUCAGACCCCCGUCAUGCGGUAUUUGUGCAUCUAUUUCUCAUUCUACCAAUCUGUGUCCCAGUGAAGCUGACUCUCCUAUCACUAGGAAACAAAUACAAAAAAAAGAUAACCGCACCUAGAAUACAAUAAUGUCCCUAAGUGGAGUCACAUAUAGAUCAUAUAUACAUACUUUUUUUUAUUAGAUCUUUGGCUGUUAUACAGUGUAUGAUAUCUCAAAGAGAAAGGAGAAAAAAAGAGACAAUGAUAGUGCAGUAUAUCUUUAACACAGUGAAAUAGAGUGCUAUAACAAAAACUCACUCACAAUUUACAGAGCUACAAAGAGCUCUGCUGUGUUGGAUGUAGAUGGUACAAUCCCCGUCACAGGAUAUCUCUUCUACCACUAGUCAGGCCUUAUCUGGAAGCUCCAAAUCUGAACAACAGCACUGAAAGAUAAGUUGGGCAGACUUAUCAAGUUCCUCAGAAAAGCACAGGUGCAAUAGCUUUAACACAGGCAGCUGUGGCUGUAGUGAUUGCUGUCUGUUGCAUGUUUGCUCCUUGUAUUUACAAGCUCAUGUUAGGUCUUUGUACCCAAAUAGGUUGUUCCCAAAUAAAUGACGUACAGAAUUCAAUAUAGACAACCUGACUUUCACCUAAAAAUCAUCCCUCCCCUCACUUGGUAGACUUCCUCAUCACAAAGUUUUCAUGAAGUUUUCACACCGGUAUCACACUGCCAUCAGGCUCACUGGAAUAUCACAAACUACAGUACGCAUUACUCGAACCUAGCACAUUAGAUUUGCUUAUUAAGCAAGAAAUUAGCCAGGGUUUCAUGCUAGGCCCUUUCACUCCCCCUCCUCCCCGUUUGCAAAUUGGCGUACUCAUCCUAUUGGUAUUGCAACAAGCAAAUUCACAAAUAAAAAGAGAACGAUAAUCGACCUCUCUGCUCAACAUUCUUCUGUCAUCGCAAGCAUUAACUCGCUUAUUCCUUCCAAUAAAUUUUCUCUCCAUUAUGCCUCGGUAGACAACGCAAUUCUAGCCAAACUGCAGAUGGGCAAAGUGGCAUGGCUUAGUAAGACGGAUAUGAAAAAUACUUUCAAACUACUACCCAUCAUUCCUUCAUUGUGGCAUCUACACGACAUAUAAUGGAGAGAAAAAUACUACUUCACUACCAGAUUGACCUUUGAAGCUAAAAGCAGCUCCUCCUCAAUGUCAUCAAAUGUCCAGUUGUGAUCCAUUACCCGGAUGACUUCUUGAUAAUUGAGGACGAGUCUAUCGUUCCUCAAAGCCUGAACAACACACAAGCUCUGUUCUCUUUUCCUCUCUCUCACAGGAGAAGACUGCUGGUCCUACCACUUGCCUGUUUUUUCUAGGUAUACAGUUGGAUACUGUCCUUUUAGAGGCCAGCCUCCCCACGGACAAACUCCUGAGAAUCAAGGUUGACUUACAUGAAUUCAAGAGGAUCAGAGCUUGUUCGCG